ACUGCACACUGACACAGAAAGGCGCUGUCAGUAGAAUCUGAAUUCAUGUAAAGAUGUACGUGCCACAGCGCUUCCAUCUGCUCAUCUACAUGAUAUUGACAGCUGCAGCCAUCCCAAUUACUUCAGCUUUCAACAUUGAUACAACAAACUCUACCGUUCUUCCUGGCGAGAAGGAAGAUUUCUUUGGAUACAAGGUGCUUCAGUACGAGUCACCCAAGAACAAAGGGGUAAUCGUUACUGCACCGCUGCGGCUAAAUGGGUCAGGGGGCAUCUCCAAGAUCGACCAAAAUGGCGCUAAAUUGUGGUUCAAUGGUUCUUCACAUCCGUAUUCAGCCAAGCAUCUUGGCUUGUCAAUAGCCACGGAUACAAAAUCCGGGUUUAUUGCCUGCAGUCCAAGCCUUGCUCAUCCAUGCGAUGAGAAUGUCUACCUGAACAGUUUGUGUUACAACAUCACAGAUGAUUUUGAGCUGAUCUCUUCUUUCAAGCCUUUGUUCCAAAAAUGCAUAGAAAAGGUUGUAAACCUUGUGUUUCUGUUUGAUGGAUCCGAGAGCAUGACUAAUACAGAAUUUGGUAAAAAUAAAGAAUUCAUAACAGACAUAAUGAACCAACUUAAAAACACAUCUUUCAAGUUUGCAGCAGUUCAGUUCUCAACAUCGUGCAGGACAGUGUUCAACUUUAAGGAUUACGCUGAUGGUACUGCUCAAGACAAACUUGCCAAUGAACAGCAUAUGAAGGGUCUAACCAACACACACCAGGCCCUUAACUUUACACUGCACAAUCUCUUGGAAAAUGAAACAGCAGGAGCCUCAAAAAAUGCAAAUAAAGCUGUGGUGAUAAUCACAGAUGGAAAUCCAAGUGAUCUGGAUAAAAGUUAUCAGAGUGUUGCAACCUAUAAUCGCAAAGAGAUCACUCGAGUUGUUAUUGGGGUUAAGAUUGAAAAAGAUAAAUUCGACAAAUUAAAAACAAUUGCAUCAGAACCAAAAGAUAAUAAUGUGUUCGAAAUUGAAAACUAUGAUGGACUUACUGGAAUACUGGGAAGUUUGCAAAAACAGAUCUUCGCUAUAGAAGGAUCUAAUAGGACUCGAUCUGAUAAACUGAAUACUCAAAUGGCUCAAAGUGGAUUCAGUGUCGUCUCACACAAGGACACCUUGGUUCUGGGCUCAGUGGGUUCAAACACCUGGCGUGGGACUCUCAAUGAGUAUAAGACACAAAACAAGGUGAUUUUAGACCCAGAUAUGCAAGAGGCCUCCUACAUGGGAUACACUCUUUCUGUUGGAGAAAGAAAUGGCAUUUCUUUAUAUUUCACUGGCGCCCCACGUUUCAACCACAUGGGACAGGUUGUAGUUUUUCGACGUGAUGAAGACAAGUGGCCAGUAGUCCAAAGAAUAACUGUGGACCAGAUUGGCUCCUAUUUUGGUGCGGAGCUGUGCUCUGUGGACAUUGACACAGAUGGUAACACUGAUUUCCUGCUGGUUGGCGCUCCAAUGUUUUUCCUUCCUGAGGAGAGAAAAGAAGGGUCGAUCUACAUCUACGCAAUAUCUGAUAAGAUCGACUUAAUGAGGGUGCUUCAAGUGAAAGCACCGUCCAUGGGUAGAUUUGGCACCACGAUAUCCAGUCUUGCAGAUCUGAAUGGAGAUGGUCUCCGAGAUGUUGCAGUGGGAGCCCCCCUGGAAGAGAACAACGCUGGAGCGGUCUACAUCUACCUUGGACAAAGAGGCACAGGGAUGCGCAACAUUUCCAGCCAGAGAAUCACAGGAGCACAAUUUGAUCCUGCAUUGACAUUUUUUGGUCAGUCCAUCAAUGGAGACAUCGAUCUCGGAAAGGAUAGGUUGCCAGAUAUUGUGGUGGGAUCCCAAGGUGCUGCUGUUGUCUUAAGGUCCAAACCUGUGUUAGAUGUCAAGGCUAAGCUGUCAUUUUAUCCCAACGUGAUAAGUAUUCAGGAAAUCAACUGCUUGGAUAAGACGGAGGACAAACCAUUACCAAUGACUAACAUAACAGCUUGCUUUGAAAUGGUAGAAGUAACAAACAGCACUGCAGGGCCAGGAAUCAAUAUCUCACUCAUGCUCAAUGUGGAUCCAAUGAGGCAAUCAAAUCGAGGUUUCUUCAUUGAAAAUGGAACAAAUAGCAGGAAUAUUAUACAUACCCGUGAGCUGACUGACAAGGAAACAUGCUUCAACUAUUCUAUCUCCAUGAAUAAAUGCAUACAAGACACAUUAUCUCCUGUCAACGUCAAGCUAAACUUUUCCCAAGAUUUCAACAACCAUUCAACAGCCAUUCUUAGCAUAGACAGCCAAAUACAGGCAAUGGUUGAGGUUCCUUUCGAAAAACACUGUGAAAAAGAAAUCUGCAUUGCUGAUCUUAAAGUGGAUUUUAAUUUUCAGUCUGAGGAACUAUUAGUGACAAAAGAUAGCAGCAUCAAAAUAUGGAUAAAACUCGAUAAUAUGGCUGAUGACUCAUACAACACCAGCCUGACGAUGCUCUACCCUCAAGGCCUCUCUUUCUCAAUGUUGGAUCAAAAAGGGAACAAGAAACUAACUCAAAUCUGCGCUGACCAAGAAAAACUUAAUGAGACCAUUUGUGGGAUAAGCCUUCCUGUAUAUCGCAGCAAAUCCUCUGCCGAGUUUAUUGCUACUUUUCGCACCAAAGAUUUUGAGUGGAAUGACACAUUGCCGAUGACAAUCUUUGCAGAAAGUGAAAAUUCUAACUCCAGCAAGAGUUCUUCUAUGACCAAAAGUAUUCCUGUAAAAUAUUCUGUUGAAAUGGCAAUAGCAGUAAAUGACGCAUCUGAUGACAACCUGAAGUUCACUCCAGAAAAUUAUAAAACACAAAAACUGUCAACUGUAUACAAUAUACGCAACACAAAUUAUAAGGAUUUUCCCAUCAGUGUAUUCCUCUUCUUCCAAGAGAAACUGGAACACGACUUUGAAAUGACAAACUAUAAAGUUAUUGUCAAGCCAAAUAAAUCUCAGUGCUCAAAGUUUUCCACCCCAAAAGCUGAGGACUGCCCAUGGAAAGAAAACUGUGUGGCCAUAAAAUGCGAUACAUUUAUGUUAAAAAACUAUUCAGAUGUUUACAUUUCCCUGUUGGGGGAUGUGCAUUUCCGAAAUCUGAAAAACUACGAAUCGAAUAUGCCCUUUCUGAAAAAAUAUACUGGAGUCCACGGAGAGGUCAAAUUUAACAGCUCUAUAAAAGUUCGCUAUGAUGGUAGUAGAUACGUGAUGAAACAAGAGAAAAACAAGAACUACGCAAUAGAAAAAUCAACUGGAGUUGUAGUUGAAUUUAAGGUGUCUCAACAUAGAAAUCUGAUCAUUGCGACUGGUGUGAUAAUGGGAUUUAUCCUUCUGAUCAUACUCACGAUCAUCAUGUGGAAGUGUGGCUGCUUUAAGAGGAAAACCAUUGAGGAUUUCAAUGAGGAAAUGGCUGGUCAGAUAAUAACCUCAUCUGUGCCAUCUCUUAACAAAUUUGAACAAGUGAAAGAGGAAAAAAAACCUCUUAAUGCAGAUGAGGACAAAGAAGACAAAUCCCCAGCUAAUCCAGAAGGAGUCUGUGAAAACGUGGAUCUUUAGGGCUGAACCAGCUCAAACGUGACGAAAGUUGGGACUAAAAUUUAGAGAUUAUUUCAAAUAUUUACACAGUUAUUUUCUUCUCUUUUUUUCUGACAUUUUCAUAAAAGUAAAACAGAAAUGAAAGAAAAAGGCCAAAGUACAUUGUAUUGAUGCUGAAUUGUUGUGAUAAUUUGGUUCGGCUUUUUAUGCAGAUUCGGUUAGAUUGACCGAGUAAAUUUUAUGUUUGACUUGAUCUCAGACCCUGAAGAGACUGCAACGCAGAGCAAAGCCUUUCUUUGAGCUGUUCUUGACAUGUUCUUGCCUGAGGCAGGGAACAAGACUACUCUAGAUGUAUGAAUGAUGUAAUAUAAAUACAAAUGCCUGACAGAAGCUCUGAACCUAACGCCCUUUACUAGGAUGGUUUUUGUGGCUUAUGGUUUUUGUGUCUUUUCUCUUUGUAUUGGUUUGACUGAAUGGAGUUUUAGUUAUAAGAUUGUAUUAUUGAAUGCUUUUGUUUUAAAUUGAUUUGCAUUGCUUGUUUUACGUAUUGUUUCAUCCCAUUUCUCGGAUUGAGGUGUUUAUUUCAUGUCAACCAACCUUUGAAGACUGAUUCCAACAUACAUAGUUGUUCAAUGUGCACCUGUGUUUGGCUUUACUGGUACCUGCCAUUGUGUGUGUGUGUGUGUGUGUGUGUGUGUGUGUGUGUGUGUGUGUGUGUGUGUGUGUGUGUAGGUGUGUGUGUGUGUGUGUGUGUGUGUGUGUGUAUGUGUGCGUGUGUGCGUGCGUGUGUGUGUGUGUGUGCGUGUUUAAAUUGCUGAUUGCUAAAGAAGUGAAGCAUGACAGCUUUUAUUUAUCAUCAAUCAUUAUGUAGUGAUUCAGCAAUAGGUUGUUUCAUACUGGAAUUAAAGUAUUUACAUUUACCUCAUUUCAAAUUAUGUCAGCAGUGUUUUUAGGGCAACAUGUUUGUGUAGCAUUUUGAAAAUGUUUAAAAUAAAAUAUUAGCCUUUUACUGGAAACAGG